AUGCGAAAAGCAACAUCUUUCAAAUUAUCUACGUUGGCUGGGUACUUUCUUCAGGAUGACCCAUCCACUGACCCGGAUACAUUCGACUAUGCAAAAUCGAACUUUGGUCUCAUUCACCGCGUGUAUGGUUCGGAGACCGAGAAUUCCAAUAAAUAUAGCCAAUGGCAAAAAUUCAGCAAGGAGAUCCAGCGACUGAAUAGCCAAGCGGAGCCAAAUACCCAAUAUAAAGUCCUCUUCCUGGGCCGACACGGUGAAGGCGUCCACAAUGUUGCCGAGAAGCGAUAUGGCACCAAAGCAUGGGACGAGUACUGGUCGCUGCUCGACGGCGACGAAUUUGGUACUUGGGCUGAUGCCCGUCUGACAGACGUAGGUAUCUCCCAAGCUAAAGCUGCACGCGCAGCCUGGGAAGAACAACUCGAACAUAGUAUUCCGAUCCCGGAAUCAUACUAUGUGAGCCCGUUGAUCCGAUGCUGCGCAACUGCCCAGGUUACAUUUGACGGAUUGGAUAUGCCGCUCACUAAGCCUUUUCGACCAGUCAUCAAGGAGUUCCUACGCGAGACUAUGGGUGAGCACACUUGUGACCGCCGCUCUCCGGCUUCUACAAUUGCGUCCGAGUUUCCGCAGUAUCAAUUCGAAGCGGAUUUCACAGAAGAGGAUCUGCUGUGGGACCCAAAGACGCGCGAGUCCGACGAAGACCGCAAUAAGCGUCUGUUCGAAUUGUUGUGUGAUAUCUUUGCUAGGGAUAAUAAUGUUUUUCUCUCCCUGACAGCGCAUUCCGGGGCCAUUACGAGUAUCUUGGAAGUGGUUGGCCAUCGGAGAUUUCCUUUGCAGACCGGGGGUGUUAUCCCUGUCAUCGUGAAGGUGGAGGGAAAUCGUUCCCUAAUUCAAUGA